AUGCCGAAUUCUGAAAAUCCAUAUAUCCAAAGCUACCCCGAUGCCAAAGGGUAUUACGGCCAGUUUGGCGGGAAUUACUACCCACCGGAGGUUCAACCAGCACUAGAAGAAUUAGCCAAUGCUUACCAGGAGCUACGUCAAUCGCCAGAGUUCCAGCGCGAACUCAAGAAAGUGCGAAUCGGACUCCAAGGGCGACCAACACCAGUACAUCACUUGGAAAAUAUCUCGAAGCAAGUCGGAGGUGCUCAGAUCUUCGUCAAGCGAGAGGAUUUGAACCACACAGGCGCACACAAAAUCAAUCACUGUGUUGGCUUCGCACUUCUUGCCAAGAAACUGGGUAAGACGAAGCUGAUUGCCGAGACCGGGGCCGGUCAGCAUGGCGUCGCACUCGCAACUGCAGCCGCUUAUUUUGGACUCGAAUGUGAAAUUCACAUGGGUGAGAUCGAUAUCAGUAAACAAAGUUCAAAUGUUGGUCGCAUGGAGCUGCUCGGUGCACGCGUAGUGUCAGCAACGGCUGGCCAAUCUGCCUUGAAGGAGGCUAGCGACUCUGCAUUCAACGCCUAUGUUGAGCAGCAUGCGCACGCGCUGUAUGCGAUCGGAUCCGCUAUCGGGCCACAUCCCUUCCCUAUGCUUGUUCGAGACUUCCAGAGUGUGGUUGGCCAAGAGGCCCGUGAGCAGUUCCUUUCUAUCAUGGAUGGGAGCUUACCCGAGCAUGUUGUUGCGUGCGUCGCGGGUGGCUCGAAUGCGAUGGGGAUGUUUUCGGGCUUCCUUGAUGAUCCGGAAGUCAUUCUGCACGCUGUGGAGCCGUUGGGCAAAUCCGGUGAACUGGGUCAGCACGCGGCGACCUUAUCGUAUGGAAGACCAGGAACUUUGCAUGGUGCCCGAUCGAUUGUGCUGCAGCAGGACGACGGUACGCCUGCGAGUGUCUCAUCUGUGGCAUCUGGGCUCGUCUACCCUGGCAUUGGCCCGGAGAUUGCGAUGCUGCAUGAAGCCGGUCGACUCUCUGUCGCAACAAUUUCAGAUGAAGAAGUCAUCAGUACAUUUUUUCGUAUGGCAAAAUCUGAGGGCAUCAUCCCUGCGUUGGAAAGUGCGCAUGCGGUAGCGUUCGCUAUCCGAUUGGCGGCGCAGCGCCCUUCGUCCGAGCGGAUACUGAUUAAUCUUUCUGGGCGUGGCGACAAAGAUGUUGACUAUGUGCUUGAGAAUUAUGGUACAGGUGAAUAG